UUCCCUUUUUCCUUCAUUUCUUUUCAUUUUCUUAAUUCUACCGCGCGUUGCCCGGGUCUCGUGUAAUGCUUUUGAACGUGCAACUAAUAUUUCGUUUUCACCGUAUGGGUUAAUAUGGGAAAUAUCUCAGGUUUGCCAGUCGGUAUAACCAAAUAUUUGGUGUAAUUUACGGCAUGAAUUAUUGGUGUAAAUUGUCGGCUUUAUGGAUAGCUAACCGGUAUUUCCAGAGAUACAAGCAGAAUAUCAUAAUGUUAAAUUUAACGAGUCUUUUUCGUCGACUUUUGUCGUCUCCUGGUGAAAAAUAGGAUCUGGUUCAGGAGCACCGCAGUGUCUCAGUGAAGGGGUUUCUGCUGGCUGACAGGUUUUGUGUCUCCAGCUGGUUUAAAACAGCAGAUCUGUGGGGUGCAGAUCAUCCGUAGGAUCAGCCAGUAGCCAAGCCAAUUCUGUUUAUAUUGCACAAAAUCACAUUUCAAAAUAAGUGCAUUUGUUAUAAAUGGUCCCAAGGCUGCUCUGACAGGGAGAUGCCCCUUGAUAAAGCAGAUGAAGGGGAUUCCUCUACACUCCACCUGACUGCCUCAGCAGAGCAAACACAUCCCCAUAGCAACAGUUAGUAGAACCAGCACUUUGCGUCCCCCAUUGCCAACUAUCGCCAAUUACAUUUCACAGCAAAGUCCUGAUGGAGAGCUCUUGAGUGCUCUCUGAGGCAAUAUCGGUCUAAUCUCUGUAUCUGUCCAGCAUCCAAGACUCUAACCUUGUUUCUCUCCAGUGACUGACCACGGCCUGAGCUGACGAGGGAGGGGUCCCAAUCCUAGGAGUGUAUGUGUGUGUGCAGUUAUGGGGAAGGACUACUACAAGACCCUGGGCAUCCCCAAGGGCUCCAACGAGGAGGAGAUCAAGAAGGCCUACCGGCGCAUGGCCCUGCGCUUCCACCCUGAUAAGAACAAGGAUGCCAACGCAGAGGAGAAGUUCAAGGAGAUCGCAGAGGCCUAUGAGGUGCUCAGCGACCCCAAGAAAAGGGUCGUAUACGAUCAGCUGGGAGAGGAAGGUUUGAGGACAGGAGGCAGCAGCUCUUCAGGUGCUCCUGGCAGCUCAACGUAUCACUAUACCUUCCACGGAGACCCCCACGCCACCUUCGCCUCCUUCUUUGGUGGCUCCAACCCCUUCGACAUGUUUUUUGGCUCCAACCGCAGCCACAGCCGCUCCAACGGUUACUCCUUCCACAAUGACCACGAUGCAGAGCAGGACGUGGACAUGGACGAGGAUGACCCCUUCGCUCAUAUUGGGAGGCAGUUCGGCUUCCCAGGGGGGAUGAAUAAUGGCUUCCCAGGGGAGGGCCGCAGGAGGCGGGGGGCACCGUCAGAGCGCCUGGGGACGGGGCGAAAGCACCAGGACCCUCCGGUGGUCCACGAGCUGAAGGUUUCGCUGGAAGAGAUCUUCCACGGCUGCACCAAACGCAUGAAGAUCACCCGCCGCAGGCUGAACCCAGAUGGUCGCAGCAUGAGGACAGAGGACAAGAUCCUCAACAUUAUCAUCAAGAAGGGCUGGAAGGAGGGGACCAAGAUCACCUUCCCGAAGGAGGGGGACGAGACCCCAGAGAACAUUCCUGCCGACAUAGCCUUUGUGCUUAAAGACAAAGGGCACGUCCACUUCAAGAGAGACGGUUCCAAUAUCAUUUUUAACUGCAAGAUCAGUCUAAAAGAGGCGUUGUGUGGCUGUACAGUUAGCAUUCCCACGCUGGAAAACCGCAUCAUCUCGCUCCCCUGUCAUGACAUCAUCAAGCCAGGUACGGUGAAGCGACUCAGAGGGGAAGGCCUGCCUUUCCCAAAGAACCCAUCACAUCGCGGUGACCUCAUCGUGGAGUUUUCUGUCCAUUUUCCCGACAGGAUUCCCCCUCAGUCCAGAGAGAUUAUUAGACAACACCUCCCCCAGUCGUAGGAAGACUCACCUUCAACCAACACACACUCCAGACUAAAUGACCCAGUAAACCAACCCUGAAUACUCCAGUUUUGACUCUCAUUGUAGUUUACCCCUUGUCCAGUUAAUGCACACUGCAUUGAACAGACGCUGUUGUUUGUAGGGACUUCACAGUGGGAGGAUAAAGGAAGAAUGCCUAGAUGAAUUGCAGUAUCAGGAUGUAAUUAUUUGUGUUUGUUUAGUCUUUUGGCCCUCGGACACACAAACACAAACACAAACACACACACACACACACACACACACACCUGAGCAGUGGAGCAGUGCUGAGGAUGGGCUCAGCACAAUCAUGGCUUUUACCGUCCUUUUCUUAACUCUGUUUUUUACGGAUUUAUCAGUGGUUUUAUAUGCUGUCCAACUCUCUAAUCCUCGUCUUUUUGUGAUAGGAUGAGGCCGGCGUGAGAUAUUUUUUAAAAUAGAAGCAUUUUUUCCAGGAUUUUUUUUUUCCAAAGGAAGUUUCAAAUAUGAUUAUUUAUUUUUACCUUGAGUGUACCAGCAGCAUUAGUGUGUUCAGUGCAAACCCCGGUUUUAACAUAACUCCCCCCUCCCACCUGCCACCUGCUUUUCUCAUGCUUCCAGUCUGAUAUAGCAUUGUGCUUGUAGGCUGUUUAGUAAGAUCUGUCUCCCCUAAAAUCAGUUGUACUCUGAUGCGUGACAGCGUACUUAAGUCCUGCGGUACUCCAAAUAAUAUUAGCGUAUCUCAGCUACAAUGGAAAAUCUGGGAAUGACAAUCAAGUACAAUCACAGCAGUGUAAGCUUGGAUAAUACAAUCUGCACAUGAUAUGGGUGCUUUCCCUUGUGAACUGAAUAGCCUGGCUAGCUAUCUGAGGGACAUUUUGGUGCCUUAGCCCGGUGUCAUACCACACAUGUGAACACACACACACACACACACACAGGUCACACUGUAAUAAACACAACCAGCCAUGUUAAGUGCACAACAGACGAUGCCCUAUGCUGUGUUAGACCUUGCCAUUGGGAGCUGGUGAUCUUGGAAAAACAAUAAGUAAGCAAUGUAAAGUCAGUCACCAUAUUGUACUGUAUGUGAGCAAGGACAUUUUUAGGAAGAGGUUUGAUACAAAACUGCUGAAUUUUGCCAGUGCAUCCCUGUAAAGUGCCGUACAAGUACAGGCUGGAUUUUCCAGAGGAAUUAAAUUAUUAAAUUAACCUGAAGUCCAUAGUAAAUAGUCGAGAUUCCUCUGGGGAAUCCAGCUUCGUUGUGUAUAUUCUGCUUUCUCUUGUGCCAUUCGGAGACCAUGUCUCGGUGCUACUGUGAGCAGUGCCAAAAGUAGACCGCCUUGGUGUCUACUUUUGGGUUUCAUGGUUUCAGUUUGUGAUUCUGUCCUCUGUAACACGUGUACAUCAAACUUUACAUCUGUUUUUUCAAGUAGAAAACCCUGUUUAGGAAACAGGUUUUGUAAUUUUGCAGCAGCGGUUCUCUGUCUCAGCUGCAGGGGGCUCUGAAAGCACUUCCUGCUGUAGUUUACAGCGAUGAUAAGAUAUAUGUGUGAGUAUGGUUUAUGCAGGCAGCACUAGUAGGUCAUGUAUAUCAUGUGUAUGAGAAAAUGUUUGAAUGAAACAUGUUGAUUAAUGCACUUUUAUGUCGUAAAAGAAACUGACGAAACUAUGAGAAGAUAGAUAGGGACUUGAAUGAGUGUGUGAGCGUCCUGCUUCUCAGAGCCUCCGGAGACGCUGGACUGUGACUAUAACCAGAAUGCACAAGUGCUGCAGCUGCUGAAAGACUGUCACUGCUUAUGUGCAUUUGACAAUAUUUAUGAUCUUUUCAAAAUGGCAACAAAUAAACCAAAUGUGUGAACUUAA